CCGGGAGGGAGGGACUCCAUAAUCAACAAAUUUAUUAAUUGCUUAUACAAGUUCUCUCUCUCUAUCGUUCCCAGAAGAGAGAGAACUGUUAACCCUAAAUCAUCGUCACCCAAUUUGUAUCACAAACCAAAUUGGAAAAUUCAUCGAUGGAGGAGCAGUAUCCGUAUCAGAAUCCAUUCGAAAGACGUCCCAUCCUUAAAUCAUCCAAGGCACCUCCUCCUCCUCCUGCUGUUAGGUGGAUCAAGGACUGGAUACCACAAGAUAUUGUUGCUACUGGUGCCAAGUGCUAUCUUCGCAAGUGGGUCACAGAGGAAACGUUGAAGAAACUGAAAGAAAAAGAGAAAGAGCCUACUGCUACUGAUGUUUCAGACCCUGACCCGGAACCCACUUCUGAGAUUUUGUUUCUCUGCAGUUAUGAUGGUUGUGGAAAGAUUUUCUUCGAUGUUAGUGCAUUGAGAAAGCAUUCCCACAUCCAUGGUGAAAGGCAGUAUGUUUGUGAUUACCCUGGUUGUGAUAAGAAAUUUCUGGAUAGUUCGAAGUUGAAGAGACAUUGGCUCAUUCAUACUGGGGCUAGGGACUUUGUUUGCACUUAUGAAGGCUGUGGAAAGGCAUUCUCCUUGGAUUUUAACCUCAGAUCUCACAUGAAGACUCAUUCACAAGAAAACUAUCACAUCUGUCCAUAUUCUGGGUGUGGAAAGCGAUAUGCUCAUGAAUACAAACUCAAGAACCAUGUUGCUGCCUACCAUGAAAAGAAUGCUGCUGGAGAGACGCCUGCAUACACACCACCUGCAGAGAAAGUAUCAAGGACUCCCAGAACACCGGCUGCUGCAACGGUUCAUGGCUCAGCGUCUUUGGAGCGUCCAUACACAUGCCCGUAUGAAGGGUGUGACAAGGCUUACAUACAUGAGUACAAGCUCAAACUCCACUUGAAGAGAGAGCAUCCAGGACAUUUACCAGAAGAGAACAACAACAACACACCGAACAAGCACGAUCUAGAAGAAGAAGGUAGUGAUCAAGUUUUUUACAGGAAACACGCUGGUAAACAACAGAGCAGAGCUAAGCCGAACAUGAGAACACCACCAGCGAAAGCAUUAAAGAAAGGCUCAACCUCUUCACCAGCCAAAGCAAGGAUGGACAAAAAACCAUGGCAAGUAAAAGAAAGCUUUGAAAGAGAAAGAGAAGAAGAUAGCGAGGAGACGGAGGAAGAUAGAGAGAAUGUGGAUGAUGGCUGGAGGUUUGGGAGAAACAAUGAUGAGGAGGAUGACGAUGAAGAGACUGAAGAUGAAGACUAAGGCUCCAUUCCGUCUAGAACUUUAGUAGCUGUGGCUCUUUUUCGUAUCUCUCUUUGACACUCUUCUUAGUUAUAAACUGUGUACAUUGUCCUCAUAACAUUUUAAGAAUAUGUUUUGGAAUAACUAGAUUUGUUAUUUUAAAGCAAAUCAUUAUAAGUGUUAGAUUUAGUACAUCCCUUUACUUUGAGUUUAGUUUUAGAACC